CCUAAUUUCUCCCGACCGUGGUUUUGAGAUGCUGGCUGGAUGCAUGAUGGCUUAAUCCCUCCUUAGAAGAGGUUACGCUUUGCCCUCCUGCGUUACUCGCAGCGUCUCACCAAUGGAGGAGCUACUGAUACCCACAGAUGCCACGGAGGUGCCGCCCAAGCCUGCCAUCUUCUUCUCUCCGGCGGGACCUGCUAAAACCCUGCUGCAGAGAAUGAAGGACUUCAUGGCAAGCACGUUCUCGGUCGGUGUCAGAGAGUAUGUGAAGGACUACAUCAGGCAAAACGGGCUGCUGACGCUCUCGGUUCUAGCCGUGAUCACAGGAUGCGUCAUGGGCUUCAUGCUGAGGGGUCUGGACCUCUCCCCACAGGCAAAAAUCUAUUUCUCCUUCCCUGGUGAGCUGCUCAUGCGGAUACUUAAAAUGUUGAUUCUUCCCCUAAUUACCUCCAGUUUAAUGUCUGGGCUGUCAUCUAUGGAGUCGAAGGCCUGCUGCAGGAUGGGGGUGCUGACGGUCACUUACUACCUUUGGACCACGUUCAUCGCAGUAGUUGUUGGCAUUGUACUCGUUCUCAUCAUCAAACCUGGCUAUGGGACACACUUGGAGAGCAGCAGACUGGGAGGUGGACAAGUCAUAACGUCUGCAGAUGCCCUGCUGGAUCUGGUCAGGAAUAUGAUCCCCUCCAAUCUCAUUGAAGCCACAUUUCAGCAGUACAAGACAGACAUUAUUCCAAUCAUAAAAACACUAGUGAACACAGGACGCCCAAAUUUGGUCUACCUGAUACCUGAUGAAGACAAUCCAAAGGGUCGGACGGUGCAGUUGGAACUAACGCCACCUCCAGACAUCGAGUACAAGAACCGUCCAGGCAGCAGUCAGCAGAUGAACGUACUCGGCAUUGUUAUUUUCUCAGCCACGAUGGGUCUCUUGCUUGGUAAAAUGGGCGAACGGGGAGCCCCUCUGGUGAACGUUUGCCAGUGCAUCAAUGAGUGUGUGAUGAAGAUUAUUAAUGCGGCCGUAUGCUUCUCUGUGUUUUUCAACAGGUAUUUUCCUUUUGGGAUCAUCUUCCUUGUGGCUGGCAAAAUCCUAGAUAUGAGUGAUCCCUCCACACUUGGGAAGAAGCUGGGCUGGUACGGGAUGACGGUCAUGGCAGGCCUUUUUGUGCACGGCCUCAUCGUGCUUCCAUUCUUCUAUUUCAUUCUGACACGGAAAAAUCCUUUCACAUACAUCAGAGGGCUUCUGCAAGCCAUGGUCAUCGCUCUCGCCACAUCAUCCAGUUCAGCAACACUGCCCAUUACAAUGAAAUGUUUGCUGGAGAACUGCCGAGUGGCCCCCCCCCUGCUUUUGUUGCCUCUGAUGCUGGAGAUAGGUGAGCUGGAGCACUGA